UCGUUUGUAUUUUGUAUUUUAUACGAUUCGGCUCUAUUCGGUUCGAUUCGGUGAUGUUCUGCUUACUUAGCAGCAGAAAGUGACUGAUCAAGAUUUAGAGUACAUAUAUAACUGUUGAAACGGUGGUUGAUUGAUGCCUUUUUUAAGGUAGAAAUUAAAUUGUUUUGCUCAGAAAUCAUACAGGUGAUAAAAUUUCAAUGACUUAAAGAAUGCUGCGUCGUAUGAAAUUAAUUUUAUGCUUUUGCAUUGUUUUAUGCGCAUCGAGCACCAAAGCCGAUGAUAAUCAAGUUUCUUUAACCAAACUUGGUGCAAAAGGACCGACUUUGAAAUUUUUUUACUGUUAUUCUUGCGGUUACAGAAAAGUUUACGAGGAGUAUGUCAGUAUCCUUAGACAGAAAUAUCCAGAGUUACAAAUCGAGGGAGAAAACUACAACCCUCCUGGAUACAACAUGCUUAUUGCUAAAAUACUAGGUUUUGCUAAAAUUUCGCUAAUAAUUUUAAUAGUAAGUGGAAUUGACCUAGGACAGCCAUUACCAUCAUUGUGGCAAUGGUGUAUAGACAAUCGAUUCUAUUCUUGUAUUAUGAUAUUUUUCUUUUGUAACGCAAUAGAAGGGCAACUCAUAUCAUCAGGAGCUUUUGAAAUACAUUUCAAUGAUGUCCCAGUAUGGUCCAAACUGGAAACUGGUAGAAUACCUCAACCACUUGAACUUUUCCAAAUAAUAGAUACUCAUUUAAAUAUGCAGUAUGCGGAUGUAGAUAUAGGAUAGAUUAAUUUUAAUAAGAAAUUUAAUGGCAUUUUUAUUUGCACCAAAUGUUA